AUGCAAAAUUCUGAAAGUGAUUAUCACAUAGCAACAUUAGUUAAAGACAUGGGUAGUUGGUUUGAUGUUUACCGUCAUAAUCUACAUGUUGCUAUUUCAACUCUUGCGGAGAAGAACCAUCAAUUAGUCAGUAUCCGAAUUUAUAAGCGAAGUAAUCUGGAAAAAAGUACUCAAGCUGCAUUUGCAAGCUACCGAUUUGCCAUAUUAGAUAACGAUCCAGAAAUAAUUAUGAAGCUUGGUACUUUUGUAUGCCAAGUGGUUAUAAAUGUUCUUAUUGUGCAGAAUAACCAACAAAAUACUAGAACUGCUAUUAGAAAAUGUGACGAAAUCACUUUAGAUUUAAAAAUUCUAACUAAGUUUGGAAUAGUUAAAACUUUACCUGUUAGAACACUUUUAACUUUUUUCCACAAGUAG